AUGCCGGUUUUAAGCCGCUUAGCCUCAGCUGCCGCGCAACCAAUCCGCCGCGCUUUCGUUAGGCCCGGGGCCGGACGUCGGGCAUACGGAUCAGCAGCUGCCGUACAGCUGGAUUAUGAUGACUAUGACUACGACGACGAUUACGUCUGCAGGUGCAGUGAUUUGGAAUCGAAAUCGGAAGGUUGGGUAUCAGAGAGAGGAGUACAGUGGGUGAUCAUGGGUGACCCAAUGGCCAAGAGACACGUGUACGCCGAGAGGCUUUCCAAGCUUCUAUCCGUUCCCCACAUUUCCAUGGGCUCCCUCGUUCGUCAAGAGCUCCACCCGCAUUCUUCUAUCUACAAACAGAUUGCCGAUUCUUUAAAUCAAGGGAAGCUGGUUCCAGAGGAUGUGAUCUUUGGCCUUUUGUCGAAGAGGCUUGAAGAAGGGCAGUUGAGGGGAGAAAGUGGUUUCAUUUUGGAUGGGAUACCUAGGACCAGAGCUCAAGCUGAAAUCCUUGACCAAAUUGCCGAUAUAGACUUGGUUGUUAAUCUCAAGAGCACAGAUGAUUGCUUUGUUAACAAUGAUCUCUGCAAUGGAAUUUAUUCUCCUUCUCGAGAGUUCUUCAGGAUGGGGAGAUCCAGAUUCAACUUAAGUCUACGGUUACAGGAUGGCAGUUUGAAGUCCUCUUGUUUUGAUGUAGAGAAUGUGUGGAAGGAGAAACUACGCAUCUAUGCUGAACAGAGCAAACCUGUGGAAGAGUACUAUCGGAAGCAGAAGAAGCUUCUUGAUUGUCCAGUGUCAGGCGCAUCUGCAGAGACGUGGCAGGGAUUAUUGGCUGCGUUGCAUCUUCAGCAUGUGAAUAAUGCUAUCAGUUCUUCACAGAAGUUGACUGCAUGA